CGUCUCCCUCUUGACUCUCGCGUGUCUUGGAUAUAUCCUGCCAUGGGCGGAAGUGUCUGGGAUUCUGCUCUGCUCUUCAAAUUGGGCGUUUGCGGAGGGAGACGGGGCGAACACGACGUCGAGCUGCGUUGAGCGCGACCCGGUCUGCACUCGGUCCUCCGACUCCACCCAGCGUCGCUGUGCAUGGUUUAGUGGAGCGCUGUAUCGGCACGGGACAUGCGCAGUCAGGUUCGGCUUGAACUACAACAGACGUGCGCAAUUACUGACGAACGAGCGCGAGGGCAGAUGAGUGUGUGGCGGUAGUACGGAUGCGUGUUUAUUUCUCAUGGACGUGUUUUGUUCUAGCUCUGCGCAAUCAACGUGAACGUCUGCCUGGACACGGUGGAGGAUUAAGUUACUGCUGCUGGCCGAGGAUUAUUUUGUAUUGGCCUCCUGUCACGCCCGAGUCUUUUGGGAUCCUUUUCUUCCAUUUAGGAGAAGUCGAAAACCAGACAUGUCUUUCCGGCGCGGUGUCGUCAGGCAGAGCAAGUUCCGCCACGUCUUUGCCCAGGCGUGGAAAGCCGAGCACUGCAUCGACGACGUGAGGGUGUCCCGCGUGACGUGGGACACCGGCCUCUGUGCGGUCAACCCCAAAUUCAUCGCCGUUAUCAUCGAAUCCAGCGGAGGAGGGGCCUUCCUCGUCGUUCCCAUCAGCAAGAGCGGCAGAAUCGACCAGGCGUGUCCCACGGUGUGCGGCCAUGCCGGGCCGGUGCUGGACAUCCAGUGGUCUCCUCACGACGACAACAUCAUUGCGAGUGCCUCGGAGGACUGCACCGUCAAGGUGUGGCAGAUCCCCGACGGGGGCCUGACGAGCCCAAUGACUGAGCCCAUUGUGAACCUGGAGGGACACAGUAAAAGAGUGGGAGUCCUGGCCUGGCACCCGACUGCUUUCAAUAUCCUCCUGACUGCAGGCUGCGAUAAUGUCAUUUGUGUGUGGAACGUGGGCACCGGGGAGCUCGUGUACCAGCUGGGCGACUCCCACCCAGACCUGAUUUACAGCGUCGGCUGGAACAAGGACGGCAGUGCCGUCUGCACCGUCUGCAAGGACAAGGCUCUGCGCGUCAUCGACCCGCGAAGGGGCACCGUCCUCAAGAUGAAGGAGAAGGUCCACGAUGGCACCCGGCCUAUGAGGGCCGUCUUCCUCUCCGAUGGGAAAAUCCUCACGACGGGCUUCAGCCGUAUGAGUGAGAGACAGAUGGCCCUGUGGGAUCCGAAUGAUCUCUCUGAGCCAAUGGCAGUCCAGGAGAUGGACACAAGUAACGGGGUCCUUCUACCCUUUUACGACCCUGACACAAACAUGGUCUACCUGUGUGGAAAGGGGGACUGUACCAUCCGGUAUUUUGAAGUGACGGACGAAUCCCCGUACGUCCACUUCCUCAGCUUGUACAGCAGCAAGGAGCCCCAGAGGGGGGCCGGCUUCCUGAGCAAAAGAGGCGUCGAUGUCAACAAGUGCGAAAUUGCCAGGUUCUACAAACUGCAUGAAAGGAAAGUGGAACCCAUUUCGAUGACUGUCCCACGGAAGUCGGAUCUGUUUCAGGGAGACCUUUACCCGGACACGGCCGGCUCCGAGCCGGCUCUCCUGGCCGAAGAGUGGAUCGCCGGGCAGGACGCUCCGCCCCUGUUGGUCUCUCUGAGCGGCGGCUACGCGGCUCCUCCAUCCAAGCACAGAGACCCCCUCCGAAGCAAACCCAAGCUCGUCUCGCAGGACCCCUGGGCCGGCCCGCCCGGCAACGCGGCCGCGCCGACAUCCGGCUCUGCCGCCAAAGAGGCGGAGGACGAGGCCCGGGCCCCAGUCGCCGCGCGGGAGACGGAUGGAAAUAGAGAGAGGCCAAAGAGAGAGGACGAGUUGUUGAACGAGCUGUUGGCAGAAAUGAAGGCAUUGCGCGCCGUCGUCCUCGCUCAGAGCCAGAGAAUAGAGCUGCUGGAAAGACAGCUGGCUCGGAUCGAGGACGAGGAUGUAUGAGCGAGGCGGAGAACCACUACAUUCGGAGGGCAUACUUACGAAAUCCAGACCGUAGCCGUACUAUAAUCAACAGUACCUUGAGCUGUGUGAGAGUGUAGUGCAGGAUGCCGACUAGCUGUGGAUCACAGUGGCUUACGAGACGACUCAUUAUUUCUGUGAUGGUUUUCCAGACCGAUUGAGGAAGGGCGUCAUCUCCGUAGAGUGAAUUCUGACAGUGAGAUAAUGAUUUGGGUUUGUUUUUUUCAUAUGAAAGGAGUAUUGUAGCAGCUAUUUUGGUGGCACAUAUAGUGCAACUUUGAGCUUUUGCAAAAAUCCCCACACUUAUAUUGAAGGGCUUGGAAAGGUGUUACAAUUCCACGAAAGUUAAUGCACAAAGUAUUGAUUUAAAAGCAUUGUGUUUAAAAUGAAGGAUGACAUAAAAUGGCAAAGCAAAUGAAGUCCUCCGACAUGAUUUUCUUUCUCUAAAGCACCCACAAAUAUAACCAUUAGGGCUAUUUAAUCAAGUAGUGGAAGCUGCUAAACUGUGAUGUCAUAUGAGGCCCCCCAAUUGUUAUUCAUUGUGUGACUUAUGCUUUGUUUUACUGCUUCAUUAUAGGACACCAUGUGGAAAUGUAUUUGUAGACAAAAAUAUGGUGGUACACAUACCAUGACCGUGAGAGUUAUGUGGCUGAUAGCCGGCGGGAGUGUAGCUGAGUAGUUUGUGUGUAUCGUGAUUGUGUGUCGUCGAUGAAAAGGUAGCACUUGUAAUUUUCUUUUUUCUUUUUACACGUUUUUUUCUUUACGGUUUCUGUAAUACGGCAUAGUGCUUGUCCACAUAAUCAUAAAUACCCAGUCAUACUGGCCUCUUUCCUUCAUACGACUCGUGUAGAAAGGCUGCAGUAUCUUGUGCCCCCCUGUAAGCUAAAGUAAGAGUUGUCUGGACACGGCCUAAAUUAUGCUGUAUACAAUACAUGCAAAUAUGAUCUAGCAUAAGUAACGGUGCAGUCUUUCAGUUUCUCUGAAAUGUGAAGCAUUUCUUCAAUUCGAUUAUAUUGGUGAUGAUGGAUCUUCUUUUUUUUAUGACUUUUUUUUGGGUGUUUUUUGCCUUUUACAUUUAGAGACGUUUUUCUGUUCCCUCUCUCUCGGUCGAUGAUCGUGUGACAACGGUACAUUCCACUUCAAGCUUCUCCCUUUUAUUACUUGCUUAAUAUUUCGUUAUGCACUGACCUCCCAACACUAACUGUAAAAACAGUAGCAGAUUAAAUGAGACUACAUUGUGAAAGAUUAAUAAACAUGCAUUCCUCCUUUGUAUUAAAGGAAAUGUUCUGAUCACGA